AUGAGGCAGAUGAUGCUGGACAGCCUUCCUGACCUGCACGAGUAUGAGCAGCUGCGUGGAGCAGUGAAGUAUGAGCGUUCUGCGGAGAUGACCCUGGAUGGACUCCGGGCGUUGAUUGAACAAGCGGUUGUGAAUCAGCCACUCCACGGCAAGGGAAAUUGUGCCACUAGUACAGGUAGCGGUCAACGGCUAAAGCAAGGAAGCAGCACAGGUGCUCGUCAUCAGCAUCAAAAUGGGCAUCAUGGGAGCAAGAAGAAUCAGCACGGUGAUGGUCAGCAAAAACCGAAGCGUGACAGGAAGAACAAAACUUGUCACUUGUUCAAUUGGAUCGGUCACUUCCAGGCUGACUGUACGGCUAUUAUCGAUGGUGUUGCUGGGCCUGGUGCGACUGCCAGCGGUGGAGGUAACACUGGGACAAACGGUGGGACGCAACGGCGUCAGCAGCGCUCCAACUACACGAGUCGCGGCGGCGAAGUCCAUGCCGACAGGCGUGGAGUUGCUGAAGAUGAUCUAGGUGUGGCUGCUGGUAUUGUGAUGAUCAGUCCGAUGCUGGUUGUUCCGUACACGAAGAGUGAGAACGACAAAAUGGCCAAGUCGCUACCAGAGGGAUCGUCAUGGUGGUGUUUCGACACAUGUUCCAAUAUGCACUUGACCGGUGAUCGCUCUUUCUUUGUUCAUCUCGAAGAAAUUCGCCCAAAAAGUAUUGGUGCAAAUGUCGUUGGUGUGGCCGCCACGACGCUGACUAGUGCGUCCGACAUUGGUCGAGUGAAGAUCAUCACUCAUGUGGGCGACGCCAAUGCUGAGUUUAUUUUGGACGAUGAACUGCACGUGGAAGGCGCGUCACACGGACUGUUCUCGAUGCAUCUCACAAUUACCAAGCAGAAGUUCGAUAUCGCGUACGAUCGAGCAGCAUCGACAUUCAGUGCUUACAAAAAUGGGGAGCAGUUCUCGAAUCAAAAGCCUCAGUAA